AUGGAAACACGCGAAGCUCCAAAGCCAUCGCCUAGCCGAAGCCAUUAUGGAUGGGUUUGUCGAAACCCAACUGAACCCCGAGAAGAGAAUCGAUUGGCGAGUCAAAGGGAACAGUUAGCGAAGAACAGGGCAAAGAUCAAAUCCAUCCUUAGACCGCUGUUGUUCUGUGCCAAAUAUGGGUUGCCGCUAAGAGGACAUCGAGACCAUGGAGACCUCAAGGCUGGAGAAAAUGCCACAAGUAGAGUAUUCCGGGGCCUCCUUCGGCUGCUGUCUGGGAGCGGAGACGUCACCCUGCAGGAACACAUACAAACCGCAAGUAGAAACGCCAACUACUUCUCCCCCCGAAGUCAAAACGAGCUGCUUGACUGUUUACGAGAAGAAGUAGAGGAAAUUAUCAUCUCAGAAAUAAAAGCACAAGAGUUUGGUGCCAAGUACUGCAUUAUGGCAGACGAGGUCACGGAUAUCUCAAACUGGGCACAUUUAGGCAUAGCCGUUCGGUAUCGCAAAGAUGACAAGCCAGUGGAGCGACUUCUUGGGUUUGAGUCUUGUUCAUCUAUAACAGGGGAAGCAAUCAGCAAUACAAUCAUUACCUUUUUGAAGAACAAGGGCCUGGACGUACUUCAGAUGCGCGGCCAGAACUAUGAUGGCGCAGCGCUGGUCCACUCUUUAAAGAUACCAAUGGUGUUCAGUAUGAUGGAGAACCUGGCUGCUCUUGACCGCUUUUUCAACAACUCUCCAAAGCGAACAAGGGCACUAGAAUAUGAAAUUGAAAAGUUCACCUCAAAUUUGGAGGAGAGUAUGAAAAAGAAAAGGGUGAAGGCCCUCUGUCAGACAAGAUGGGUGAAGAAGCACCAGAUUUUCCAGGACGUUCAUGACAUGUACGAGUCCAUCGUCAACUGUCUCGACCAGAUGGUAGAAGACAACACGUUGAAGUGGGAGACCCUCACAGAGGCUUCUGGUUUCCUUAACACUGUAACCAGCUCUCCGUUUCUGGCAGCAUUUGAGACAGUUCGUUUUUCAUUCCGAUACACACACGACUUGGCUACGUUACUCCAAGGGAAAAGCCUUGAAAUUUUAUCAGCAUUUGAGGUUGUCAGAAAGGCGGAGGCCCUGAGAGAGGCGUUGCGAGAUAGUGAUAUGGUGUUUGCGUCCAUUUGCGCUGAGAUGGCCAAGAAAGCAAAAGUGGCUAAUGCCGAGAUCUCGAUACUGUCAACUCUUGGUUUGGCUCUCAUUCCACAACACCUCGAUCAUCUACUUGGUGGGAAAGCGGCCGAGCUGGGGACACACUAUUGGGAUGAUCUCCCAAAUCCAGAGGGUUUUAAUGGAGGAAGCGGCUAG